AUGCUCGGCGUCCUCGUCCUGCUCCUCCCAGUGGCUCGGGCAUUCAUCUUUCAGACCCCUCUUCAGCUUUCGACCUGCGAACCUGUCUACCUGCACUGGUCCCAGGGGGUCGCCCCAUAUUAUCUGUUUGUGUUCCCAGGCGACGCGGCUUUGGGCCACUCCCUUGACUGGUUCUAUGUCGGUGACGACAGCUACUUCACUUGGACUCCCGACAUUGGGCCUGGCUCACCCAUCACACUCGCUGUCAAGGAUGCCACCUCCGAGAUGGAGUACUCUGGUGUCAUCACCAUGGAAGCCGGGUGGUCGCAGGACUGUGUCAAGUUGUUAGGUCCAGCAGAGGACCCGUCCUUUUGGUCCACAGCCACCGUUGCGUACAAUGCGGGACCGACAAAUACAACCACAACCACAACCACAACCGCGGCAGCCAGCUUUCUACCCGCCCCGACUUCCGCGGACCCGCCAACGGAAGCACCAAGCCCGCCCGUUGAUCCCAACACCACCCCACCUACCAUGCCCAGCACUGCUGCAACGGACGUCCACGCCCUGGGUAUCGUGGGGUUAUCGAGCAGCCAGCGAACGUUACUUAUUGCGGGUGCCACAGCCGGUGGUGCGGUCGGUUUGGCAAUCAUUCUGAUUUUGCUUGUGUGUCUCUGCAGGCAGCGCAAAAGUGCUCAGGACUCCAAGCACCCAACCCGCUCCCCCGAAGCACCCCUUGACAUGGGCGAAGUUGAAUCAAUCAGCUCAGCCACAAAGGUCACCCCAUUCCCUACCAGCCCCUUCGCGCACGAAGACGACGACAAUGCGGCGUCGGACGACGGCGGGAGCUUGAGCGAACCAUUCGACUAUUCCAGCCCCCCUCCAUCUCCUCUGCCCGGCACGUUACCCAAUCCCACUCCAUUCGGCAUCAUCACCCCAGUCCCACCAUCGCGGCGGCUGUCGCGCUCCAGUUCGCGCGGUUCCCUCAGCUCACGAAGCGAAAAGCAGCAACACCUUCGUCCUCCGUCACUGGGCCCAACACGUCACAGUCGCGCGAGCUCGAUCAGCGCAUACAGCAUAUACUCGCUCGGUAGCACGCUCAGUGAUGACGGUAUGGCCAGUUAUAAUCUCCAACACGACCCGGCGCGGCCAGUCACGCGCCCCGAACCAGCUGCGGGCCUGGCUCCCAUCAGCGAAAACGGUAUGGCAUACGAACGCGACAUGGGACGCGUCAUCAACGUGCUGCCACCGCCAUACCAGCCCAACUGGCAGGACAAUCAGCCCAGAGAGGUGCACGCCACGGAUUCUCAGUAUGGGUUCGCACUGUAA